ACACUCGUAUGAGGAGUUUUAUCAAUGAGCGCAAAAAAAUUUGAAUGCCCAGCCAAAGUUACUUUGAAGGAAAUUAUAUACUUCAAGGAUUAAAUGAUAACUUUAAAGUGGUUCACUAAGGUGAAAUAUUGAUAUUGAUUGAAUAUGAUAAUAAAGUAGAUAAAAUGAAACCUUUAAAGAGAAAGAUUGGCUAUGAAGAUGACUUCAUAAUAAAAAAAAAUAAUGAAUUAGGAAAUAAAGAGAAUAUAAAAUAUUCUGAAAACAAUAUUGAUCAACCAAAAAAUAAUGAAAUAUGUUUACCAAAGCUAUUUAACUUGCCAAGUUCUACUUCGUAUAUGACAAAAAAUGAUGACAAUAUGGCAAAUAAUGGUGACAAUAUGACUAAAAAUGUUUUAGAAACCAGUAAUUAUAAAACAUAUUGUGAUUUAUCUGUUUUGAAUGAUUUGCGCAAUGAAGAGUGCAACCUUGUAGAUGCCAAAAAUAAAUUCGGUUCUGUUUCUGAUGAUGUUGACAAGUUACAGACUGAUAUUAAUUUAGUGUCUGAUGAUGAUGAAAACUCAUUGUCUAAUGAUAAUAAAAUGUCAGUAUUUAGUAAUAAUGUAAAGUCAUUAUAUUAUCAUAACAAAUAUGGUAUUUAUGAUGAGGAAUCACUCGAAUCUGAUAAAUCUUCUUAUUCAAGAGAAGAAAGCGAAGGAAGUAUGACUAGGAAACCAUCAUUGCUUUCGGAGGACUUAUCAGAAACAACUCACAGUUAUGAGAAUGAAACAAAAGAAGCAAAAAUAAAAUAUUUAAGAGAAAUUCCCAAGUUAAUUCAAAAAGUAAAUUUGAAUGGUGAAGAGUCAAUUGGAGGUGAGGCAACAGAAUUGCCAACUUUGCCAGGUUUAUAUAUAAAGUCACAUGGUUAUGUACCACUGCCACUAUGUGGUGAAAAUGCAGAUAGUCUCAUCAGAGUUUUUAAACAAGCACCUUAUGGACUAAAACAUCAAACACUUGUUGACACUAGUGUGAGAGAUACGUAUCAAAUUAAUCCAGACGAAUUUGAGAUCAAAAAUCCUCAAUGGAAUAGCAGUUUAAGUAAGUUAGUAGAGCGAGUUGCUAUUGGAUUGGGUUGCACAAGUAGAGUAGAAGCAAAGCUGUACAAAUUACUUUUGUACAAAGAGGGCGGUCAUUUUAAGAGGCAUAGAGAUACAGAGAAAGAGAAGCAAAUGUUCGGAACACUUGUUCUGCAAUUACCUAGCAUUCACGAAGGGGGUGAGCUUGUUGUUUAUCAUAAAAGUGAAUCGACUUUGUAUGAUUUUGGUCAAAUGACAAAACGAGCACCGUACCAUCCCCAGUUUGUUGCCCAUUAUGCGGACGUGGAACAUGAAAUUUUACCAGUUAAAAGUGGUUAUCGUUUAGCAUUAAUUUACUCACUUUGCUGGAUUGAUGGUAAUGGUGAUCAUGACCUUAAAGACCUAGAAGAAGUUUUAGAAAAGCUAUCAUGCUGCUUCAUGUUUUUUAGUGAUUCAGAUGAUUGUAAUGCAAUUAAGUUAAACCAUAAGUACACAACUUCUUCACUGAAGACUAGUGGUGUUAAAGCAUUAAAAGGUAUCGAUAAUUUUCGGUUCAAUCUUCUAAAAAAUGCAAACAGCAGACUUUCAUCAGACAAAAAAAUGAGUUUUUUCAUUGCACGUGCAAAUUUAGUUAUUAAAUCAUAUGAUACAACUGUUGAUUGGGAAGAAUAUGAACGUAUAAGUGAAAUUGACAAAUGGUACAGCGUUUGUGGGCAUGUGUAUGAAUUCAGUGACAUUUCAAUAAAUAUAUUCACACAUGUUAUUGAUCCUGAUAGCAAAUCAAGAAAACCGUUUGCUAAACUUGAAGACGAAAGUAAGUGGGCUGAAUCUGAUUUUGAAGAAGAAAUAGAGUAUACUGGAAAUGAGGGCACCCAAAAGACCACUACUUAUCAUAAAUAUUUGUUAGUUUUCUUACCAAAGAAAUUUGAGAUCACCACAUUUUUUAAAAUAAAAAUGGACUUUGCAGUCAGUAUACUUUAUAACGAGCAUUAUUUAGAAGAAAACCCUGAUUGUUUGACUAUCUUGAGUAUUUUGGUAAACAAAUUUACUGAAAACAAUUCAGACCACAUCAACUACUCAAACAUUACUCCAUUAAACCAUUACUCAGACCACCAUUACUCAGACCAUCAUUUAAAUAAUGAUCUUAGUCAUACUUCUAUACAAAGUAUUAUUGAAAUGUGUUGUAAAUUAAAAACAUUUGAUAAUCUAAAUUUAUUCUUGACCUGCAAACAGUCUAAAUUUUUAAAGAAAUUAUCGUUUGACAAUAUAAAACUCAUCAUAAAAUCAUUUUCUUGGUGUUUAAUACAAGAAACUCUAAAAGAGGCUCUGGUCCCUGUAACUUUUCAAAAUUUAGAGAACAAUUGUAAUCUUGUCCAGACUCUAUUUGAAAACAAAGAAGAAAAAAACGCAGUAGAGUGUUUUAUGUUCUGUGUAGCUCCUAUUUUGGACAUAGCUAAAGAAUUUACUAAUCAAGUACAACCAAAUACAAACAGACUUGAAGAAGAUUUAAAGAAAAAAAAAAAAGCAUUGUUUAAAUUAGCAACAACCAUUUUAAAGCUGAAUCAAGUCAUUGAUACAAGCGAGUUGACAAAAAAGUUCUGUGCAUUUAUGAAGUUAGUAGAUCAAAGGUUGUUGCAAAAAGUGUUGAAGCUUUUUAUUAAAAUGGAGUUGUUCAAAAACUCUAGUCAUGUCAUUGAUCUUUUUGUUUUUUGUUCUGAAUACCUUGCUGCAAAGUUAAAAGAAACUCCAAAAUUUAGUUGGUCAAUGCCAGGUUCAAUCCGAGGCUAUCCGCAAAUUGACCGUUUUUUUCGAAGUGAACUUCAAAAUUUCAAAUACACUGGUGUAUUUUCUGGAAUUCGAGAUGCUCGUAAGUUUGCCAAAGAAGGUCAAAACCAGUCUUUAGGCUCUUCAAGAUUCGUUUGUGGAACGGACUUCUCAGCAACUUUUGAACCUAACGGGAUCGGUAAAAAUGCAUACGUGCUGAUUACAAAAACAAAAUUUUAUUUUGAAUCAAUUUUAGCCGAGUACGCUAAUUACCGUAAGCUACAUAAUGACAUAAAUUGCUAUAUUAAGUCCAGUGAAGAUCGUUGUGUUAACUUUGAUAACUAAAUAUGUCUUUGAACAAUCUUUGUAUAUACUUGUAUGUUAGUUAAUCUUUGGUUAUUAUCUUCGAUUUAUUUUCAAUAAUAUUUUUGAUAAAUAAUGCUGAUAA